AUUUGCAUUAUGAGCUUGCUAUGGUCAUGUCCCUACAACUUUCUAAGUGGUUGUUGCACCUUCGGAUAACUGACACAGAUGUCAUGUGAAAACCCACAUGCUCUGCCUCUUACACAGCCUCCCAUUCUUCCUCUGCUUCUUUGCUUUCUUUUCUCUUUCCUCCCUCUGGUUAGCUUGUUGUGGCAGCUCACUUGCCUCCCAUUGCAUAAUCCAGCCCCCCUCCUCAUCCGUGCAAGUGAUCAGAAAGAAAUCUGGAGCUGUGUGACAGAAGAGCAGGGGGAAGAAAGCUGUGCAGAGCAAUAAGCUGAGGCACACACACACACACACACAGCCAGCAGCAGGGAGGCAGAGGCAGGCUGCGAGCAAGGGAAGGGAUGCUUGGCUCACUAGUGCUGCUGCUGCUCUCCGGCUCUAGGAGGGGAUUUGUCUGCUAAGUACCCAGCCUGGGAUCUUCAUGAUUGCGCUGAGAGAGGAGUCUUCGCCUCACUGCCACCAUGCGAGCACAAAUUGAAGUGAUACCAUGCAAAAUUUGUGGAGAUAAGUCUUCAGGAAUCCACUACGGUGUCAUCACUUGUGAAGGCUGCAAGGGAUUCUUCAGAAGAAGUCAACAAAAUAAUGCCUCUUACUCCUGCCCAAGGCAGAGGAACUGCUUAAUUGACAGAACAAAUAGAAAUCGCUGCCAACACUGUAGACUGCAAAAGUGUCUUGCCCUGGGAAUGUCUAGAGAUGCUGUAAAAUUUGGGCGAAUGUCAAAAAAACAGCGAGAUAGUCUGUACGCCGAAGUCCAGAAACACCAGCAACGAUUACAAGAACAGAGGCAACAACAAAGCGGAGAGGCCGAUGCCUUAGCCAGGGUAUACAGCAGUAACAUCAGCAAUGGUUUAAGCAACCUCAACAAUGAGACAGGGGGCACUUACUCUAAUGGACAUGUCAUUGACCUGCCCAAAUCUGAAGGUUAUUACAGUGCAGAUUCUGCACAGCCCUCCCCGGACCAGUCAGGCAUAGAUAUAACUGGAAUGAAACAGAUAAAGCAAGAACCUAUUUAUGACCUUUCAUCUGUACCAAACUUAUUUAUGUAUAGCUCUUUCAACAAUGGACAGCUCUCACCUGGAAUAAGCAUAAGUGAAAUAGAUCGAGCUGCACAAAAUAUCAUAAAGUCCCAUUUGGAGACGUGUCAGUAUACACUGGAUGAAUUACAUCAGCUAGCAUGGCAAACUCAUACUUACGAAGAAAUUAAAGUAUACCAGAGCAAGGCGAGAGAAGCAUUGUGGCAGCAGUGUGCCAUUCAGAUUACCCAUGCAAUACAGUAUGUUGUGGAGUUUGCAAAGCGAAUAACAGGCUUUAUGGAACUAUGCCAGAAUGAUCAAAUAUUGUUACUUAAGUCAGGCUGCUUGGAAGUUGUCCUAGUAAGAAUGUGCCGUGCCUUCAAUCCAUUAAACAACACUGUUCUUUUUGAAGGAAAAUAUGGAGGAAUGCAGAUGUUUAAAUCACUAGGUUCUGAUGAUUUAGUGAAUGAAGCAUUUGACUUCGCAAAGAGUUUAUGUUCCCUACAGCUGACUGAGGAGGAAAUUGCCUUGUUUUCUGCAGCCGUACUGAUAUCACCAGAACGACCCUGGCUGAUAGAGCCAAGGAAAGUCCAGAAGCUACAAGAGAAAAUUUAUUUUGCACUCCAGCAUGUGAUUCAGAAGAACCACUUAGAUGAUGAGACAUUGGCAAAGUUAAUAGCCAAGAUACCAAACAUAACUGCACUUUGCAACUUACAUGGAGAGAAGUUGCAGGUAUUUAAACAAUCUCACCCAGAAAUAGUGAAUACACUGUUCCCUCCAUUGUAUAAGGAGCUAUUUAAUCCUGACUCAAGCACUGGCUGCAAGUGAAGACAGUGGGAUUUUUCACAUAGCUAUGGAAUGCAUCACUAUUAAGACAAAAGAAAUGUGCUCAAAAGGACUGAAGAAAACCACAAAAGGAACAAAACCAGACAUCACUGCAGCAGCACUAGGAAUGUCCUGCACUUACUAGAAUUCUUUUUCACCGCUACAGUUUGAAGAAUGUAAAUAUGCACCUCUGAGUGGGGCUCUCUUUUCUUCUUUAUUAACUGUUUGAUUUUCCUUUGGAACUGACCAUUUAACACUUUUGUUGCCAGAGGCUACUGUGGAAAAUGAAAGGUAUUGCAAAGUCAUCUAGUAGCCGAACCAUUUAUCUUAAUAUAUAGGACACUGGGUGUAUUUACUUUUUUUAUAUAUAUAAUUUGAGAGACAGUAAUUUAUAGAAUUUUAUUGUAGAUAUCAACAAGAGCAUAUACUUAUACAGUAUUACGCUUCUUUCUGGAUUACUGUUUCAAAUCUAAUUUAAGUGAAUUUGACUUAUUUCUAUGUUUUAGAUGCAUGUGUAGUGAA